GUCCGGAAUAAAAAAAAAAAAAAUACAUAUACAAUCAACUAAAAAACAAUGGAGCUUCUCUUUCUACUCUCAUUUUCGCUUCUCAUCUUCUCGGCACUCUUCAUUUUCUUCACAACCAAACACUCCAAAUCAAAACAAUCCAUCUCUACUCAUCUCCCAAAAUCAUACCCAUUAAUCGGUUCUUCUUUUGCUAUUAAAGCGAACUUCGACCGAAGAGUCCAAUGGACAUCUGAUAUUCUCCAAACUUUACCUUCUGCAACAUUUGUCCUUCACCGGCCAAUGGGGGGCCGUCAAAUUUUUACCGGAAACCCUGCAAAUGUCCAGCACAUUCUCAAGACUCAUUUUCACCUUUAUCGGAAAGGUCCGGUUACUCGAUACACUCUUUUUGAUUUUCUUGGUAACGGAAUAUUCAAUGCUGAUGGGAACACAUGGAAAUUUCAGAGACAAGUCGCUAGCCAUGAAUUUAGUACCAAGUCUCUUCGUAAAUUUGUUGAGACUGUUGUUGAUACUGAACUCUCUGAACGCUUAAUUCCAAUCCUCUCUGUUGCUGCUGCAAAUAAAACAGUCGUUGAUUUACAAGAUAUUCUUCAAAGAUUUGCUUUCGAUAAUAUAUGCAAGAUCGCAUUUGGGUAUGAUCCUGCAUAUCUAUUACCAUCUCUCCCACCAAUGGACUUUGCACAAGCUUUUGAAGAGAGUAUUAGAAUUAUUAGUGACAGAUUUAAUUGUGCUUUUCCUAUAAUAUGGAAAAUCAAGAAAUUUUUUGGCGUUGGAUCUGAGAAGCGACUUAAAGAAUCAAUGUCUCGAGUACGUGACUUUGCCAUGAAAAUUGUAGAAGAAAAGAAACAAGAACUUAAAGAGAACUCAGCCCUUCAUUCAGUUGAUCUUUUAUCGCGAUUUGUGAGUUCCGGCAUUUCGGACGAGACAUUUGUAACCGAUAUUGUUAUUAGUUUCAUAUUGGCUGGACGAGACACUACAUCUGCUGCGUUAUCAUGGUUUUUCUGGUUAAUAUUCAAAAACCCAGAAGUCGAAGCCGAAAUUCUUAAAGAAAUAAAAGAAAAAUCAGAUGCGCCGAUUUUUGAAGAAGUGAAAGACAUGGUUUAUACUCACGCUUCAUUAUCUGAAACUAUGAGGCUUUACCCUCCAGUUCCGGUAGACUCUAAAAUGGCAAUGGAAGACAACGUUUUACCAGACGGCACGUUGGUGAAGAAAGGAACAAGAGUCACGUACCACCCGUUCGCGAUGGGGAGGCUGGAGGCGCUGUGGGGUAAAGAUUGGGCUGAUUUCAAGCCAGAGAGGUGGCUUGCCAGAGACGGAGAACAUAAGAAGUGGAAUUUUGUCGGGAGAGACGCGUAUACCUAUCCUGUGUUUCAGGCUGGGCCAAGAAUUUGUUUAGGGAAAGAAAUGGCGUUCCUGCAAAUGAAGAGAGUGGCUUCGGCUAUUUUAAGUAGGUUUAAGGUGGUGCCAGCGGCAGAGGAUGGUGCUGAGCCCGCUUUUAUUGCUUAUCUUACUACGAAGAUGAACGGAGGGUUUCCGGUUAGGUUUGAGGAAAGAAGCGUGCAAUAAUUUGAUUAAUCAUUCACGAGUUAUUGAGCGAAUAAAAUUGUUGGCUUAGUGUAAUUUGUUAGUUAAUCGGUUUAAUAUUUCAUGGACUAUGAAGUUUGUUUUAUAUUAGUGGACGUUGUAAUUUAUGUAAAUCAAUCAUUAUUUUCAAGAA